AUGAAGGCACCAAAUUUACAACCCGAUAUUAUCGGUGGAGUUGUCUUUUUCUGUGAAAAAGAAUUCGAAGCUGUAAUGGCAAUAUUGUCAAUGAAGGCAAAAAUCAUGGCAUUUCUGCUCAAAUCCUAUCUACAAAUAAUGGAAAUUCUCCAUUAUUUUUUGUCCUCUGUGUCGCAUCUUCCGUCUUUUGGCAGCCGAAGAAAUAAAGAUUCUGCAAAAUGGAGAGUAUUCACAGCUUUUGGCAGUUGGGAGACGACCUUCGAGGGCAAGCAAAAGUCUCCGAGGAUCACAAAUGGUUAA